AACUGCGAAGAUCGACAUCAAUGGCGGAUUACCAUUUUGUUUACAAGGAUUUGGAAGGAACUUCCACUCAAUGGGACGAUAUUCAGAGAAAGCUCGGGAAUCUUCCGGAGAAGCCACCGGUGUUCAAGCCUCCGUCUUUCUCCCCAGCUGAGGACGAGGAUUCAAAGCCCAAGGAUCGGACCUGGAUCGAUGGCAAAACCGAGGAGGAGCUUGAAGAUCUCGAGGAUGAUCUCGACGAUGAUCGCUUUCUUGAGGAAUACAGGAAGAAAAGGUUGGUUGAGAUGAGGGAAGCAUCUAAGGUAGCAAAGUUUGGUUCAGUGAUUCCAAUUUCAGGAUCUGAUUUUGUGCGCGAAGUGUCACAAGCUCCACAAGAUGUUUGGGUAGUCGUCUUGCUCUACAAAGAUGGAUUCCCAGAGUGCAGGGUGCUUUUGCAAUGUCUUGAAGAUUUGGCGAAAAGAUACCCUGCAACGAAGUUUGUCAAAAUUAUAUCAACGGAGUGCAUUCCCAACUAUCCCGAUCGUAAUCUUCCCACGAUUCUGGUGUACAAUAAUAGUGCUGUUAAGGCAACUCAUGUCGGGAUACAUAGUUUCGGGCGGAGGUGCACUUCUGAAAGUGUAGCCUUAGUUCUAUGUCAGGCAGAUCCGGUGCUGAACGAUGGACAUGGAGAGCAAUCAAGAGAUGCUGUUCUUGACGGAGUGAGGAAGAAGUUUCUGGAGAGGGUUGUCAGAGAGCGGGAAGAUGAUGAUGGAUCUUCAAGUGAUUGAUAUUUGCACGUGUACUCUGCAGAGGAGCUUCUUUUUAUGCUCUCUAGAAAUGUAAUUCUGCUGCUGUUUAGGAACACUUCUUGUAUCCACUUAUCCAUAUUGUUAUCGUUGAUUGAGGGUUUUCUAGUUUA